UCAUUCCCUUUCGUUGAACAGCUGCUGCAUUGAGUUUUUGAGGUUGUAAAUUUGUUGUUCACAAUAUUCUAAAAUUUUAUUCUGAAAGAAUAGAGGUUAGAUCUGUCCGCUUAAGCCCGUAACCGGCUUAAGCUUUCUGCUUCCAAUGUCGAAUUGGACCAGGUCUUAUAACCCUGGGAAUCAAAAUGGUAGCUAUUAUAGAACACAGCAGGAUCAGCCCAACGCCUCAAUGUCAACAGAGGCGAGUUGGCAGUAUAAUCAACACCUUUCAAACAGCCAGGUGACACAUGAUGAACAACAGAGAAUGAAUGGUUCUAUUGGAAAUGAACAUAAUGCUGACUUGAUUCAGUACUGUAAUGGGCUCCUGGACAAGGAUAUCUUGGAAAGAGCAGCUAACUCAAAUUUGGUAGCCACAGCUGGCGAGUUUGUACCAUCUGGACAGUACUCUUACUAUUACGUUCAAAACCCUGUUCAAUCAUUGGAAGUAAAUAGCAACGCAAAUUCUUUACUAGAACUGGAUGAACCUAGACAGUCAUCAUCAAACUUUCCAACUAAUCCAUCCUCUACGUUAGGUCAGAGCACAACCUUCUUUCAACAACAGCAACACACUUCCAAUCAACGAUCUUAUAACAGUCGUUACGACGGCUCAUCAUCUUACCAUUCAAAGGGGUCUCAAAGGAACGGAAAACCUAGAGAUAAAAAUAGAAACAGCUACCAACAUGCUGGCUCAGGUCGUUCAUUUGAUAGAGGGUCUGGUUCCAACCAGUCAUCUCACAGUAAUGAUUCUCUGAUGGAGGAAAUGAAAAGUGAGGGUCGGAGAAAACUCUUGGCAGAAGCUGCAGCUAUUCUUGCCUCUAAUUCGGCACGAUCUAGUGGCAAUUAUACUGAACCAGUUCAUCCAGAUUCUUUUGCAAAUGGAGGAAAUUCCUCGAAGUCACAGAUGCGUAAGAAACAAAAUUCACAUAAAGGGAGUGAUCAGUAUUUCAAUAGGGAUAUGAAGUCUUCUGGACAUGAUAGUUAUAGAGGAGCUAGUUUCAAAAAGGACCAUGGGUCGAACUCAACAAAUGAAGAUCACAAAGUGUCUCAAAGAGAUAGGCUUAUUGAACAGCUGAACAGGGGCAUACUAGAAUGUCUUGUCUGCUACGACAGAGUGAGACAGCAUGAACCCGUUUGGAACUGCGCCAAUUGUUAUCACGUUCUGCAUCUGCGUUGCAUCAUCAAGUGGGCUCAAUCAUCACGUGCAGAGAACGGAUGGCGUUGUCCUGCCUGUCAGAACGUGACGGACAAAGUGCCGCAGAUCUACUUGUGCUUCUGCGGCCAGAUCACUGAGCCCGAGUGGAACCGCAACGAUACAGCGCACUCUUGUGGCGAGGUCUGCAACAAACCCAAACCGAACACUAGCGAGUUCUUCGAGUGCCUGCACCGCUGCACCCUGCUCUGCCAUCCGGGUCCUUGUCCGCCCUGUGUUGCCAUGGUUGACAGAAAGUGUGGCUGUGGUAAAACCAGCCAAUUAGUCCGGUGUGGACAAAAUACGAAGACACUCUCAUGUGGAGCAGAGUGUGCCAAGGCGUUGUCGUGUAAUGUUCAUUUUUGUACAAAAAUCUGCCAUCUAGGAGAAUGUGAUCCUUGCAAAGUGGUUGUAUCUCAAGUUUGUUACUGUGGAGCUGAGAAAAGAGAAGUGCCUUGUGAUGUGAAAAGCAACAAUGUGUUGAACUACGAGUGCGGUGGUGUUUGCCAGCGCAAGUUGGACUGCAAUGAGCAUGCGUGCGGUCAGCUGUGUCACCCUGGCUCUUGCGGCGCUUGCCCCUUGGAUCCAGCCAACAUAUCGCAUUGUCCUUGUGGCAAAAUGAAACUGGGCGAUAAUGUUGAGCGUACGUCUUGUUUGGAUCCCUUGCCUACAUGCUCUCAAGUAUGUGCAAAACAACUCAAGUGCGGUCAGCCAAGCUCGCCUCACACUUGUAAAUCGUUGUGUCAUGAAGGGCCGUGUCCGCCUUGUGAGCUGUCAACAUUGGUGCGGUGCAGAUGUGGCCAUAUGGACAAGGAAACUCCAUGCCAAAUCCUAACCACUAAAGCCGAUGAAGCUCUGUGCCAACGAAAGUGCACUAAGAAACGCAAAUGUGGCAAGCACAAGUGCAACCAGAUGUGCUGCAUCGAAGUGGACCACGUCUGCCCCAUGCCCUGCAACCAUCUCCUCACCUGCGGUCAACACCGGUGUGAAGAGCUCUGUCAUAAAGGCUACUGCCAGCCUUGCUGGCGCGCUAGCUUCGAAGAGCUGUUCUGCGAGUGUGGCAAGAGCGUGCGGUACCCGCCGGUGCCGUGCGGCGCACGCCGCCCCGUGUGCGACGAGCCGUGCAGCCGACAGCACGCGUGCGACCAUUCUGUGCUGCACAACUGCCACGCUGACCCUCAGUGUCCUCCCUGCAUUGUCCUCACAUCAAAGCACUGCUACGGCAAGCAUGAGUUGAGGAAGGCUGUACCGUGCCAUGUGGAAGAAUUCUCAUGCGGAUUGCCGUGUGGCAAAGAUCUGCCAUGCGGUCGUCAUAAGUGCAUCACCAGCUGUCACAAAGGAGAAUGUGUCCAGUCGUGUGUACAACCGUGUGCAAAUCCCAGAUCCAUUUGUGGACACCCCUGUAAUGCACCAUGUCAUGACGGAGAAUGCCCUGAUACUCUGUGUAAAGUCAAGAUUACAGUAACCUGCGCCUGUGGCCAUAGAAGCACUUCACGAACAUGCUGUGAGAACAAUAAAGAGUACCAACGCAUUGCCACUUCCAUACUCGCAUCAAAAAUGGCCGAAGUCCAAUUGGGAAAAUCUAUCGAUCUGCAGGAUAUGCAGAAGGUCCACAAGAUGAGUUUAAAAACGUUGGAGUGCAUUGAGGAAUGCCGAGUGAUUGAUCGCAACCGAAGGUUGAGCAUUGGCCUACAAAUUCGCAAUCCGGACCUCUCAGCCAAAUUGACACCACGCUACUCUGAUUUUAUGCGAUCUUGGGGAAAGAAGGAUCCAAAGUUUUGCAAGCAUGUACAUGAUAGAUUAACUGAACUUGUUCAACUAGCUAAACAGUCAAAACAGAAGAGUCGAAGCUAUUCUUUCGAAACUAUGAACAGAGAAAAAAGGCAAUUUGUUCACGAAUAUUGUGAACAUUUUGGCUGUGAAUCAGUUGCUUAUGAUGCUGAACCGAAAAGGAAUAUCGUAGCCACUGCUCAACGAGACAAGGCUUGGCUUCCAAGUUAUAGCUUACUCGAAGUCUUGCAAAGAGAAAGCGGUCAAAGGAAAGUUCCAGUACCCACAAUUAACAUGAAAAAAGGACUAACUCAAUUAUCCGGAUCAACUUCAGCUUCUGCAUGGAGUACUGGCAUGGUUCCUGUGAAAUUGUCAGGUUCCAAUAAUUCGUCUUCAUCAGCUGCAGCUGGGGAUUCUUCCAAACAACAGGCUGCUACAGCUUCUUCCAGCUCUUCCACUUUUGAUUAUUUCGAUUGAGGCAACAACCUUCUUUGUAAUCCUGUUUCUUGUAUCACUGUAAGUAAUGAAAAAUAAAUAAUCUGUUUUCAUUCAUUGAUGAGGCGAUGCAGCAGCUGUCAAUUUAGGAAAAUUAUUGGAAAAACAUCUUCUCGUAGUUAUUUUCAAUUCCAAAUAAUAUUGUUUUGAUUAUCUAAGAAAAUCUAGGUUAAUAUGAGAAAUAUUUCGAUUAAUGCACUCUGUAAUAUGAUAAAGCUACCUUUGGAAGGAGUUUUGUCCUUCCUUCUAAUAAUUAUAAAAUUCAAUUAUUAUAAUUUGGGAUUUUAUUGUAAUUCAAUUUUCAUUCAUAAAAGAGUGGGAAAUUCUAGACAUAAACCAAAGUUCAGAUUCAACUAAUAUUCCAAGUAUUUCUUUAUUCUAACGUUUCUGCAACUAGUGUAUCAAGAUUUUAUUUCAUUUUUUUGCAUUGAAAUUACAAAUACAUAGUUUAUUCAUCAUU